AUGAAAAAUUUUGAAAGAACAUUACCACCAUAACUAAAUUUGGAAAUAUUUAACAAAGUUGAUUAAUACGAUACGGGAACCAAAAAACUUGAGAGAGCUUACUCCUUUAAUUAAGCUUUAGAAAUUUACACAAACUAUGAUUAAGGGAAUGAUAAUGUAAGAGAGACAAAUCCUAAAAUAUUUGGGAACUCGUAAGAAAUUAGUCGCAUAGAUGGUGAUCAUGGAAGUUUUUAAGAUUUAUGUGAUUAGGUUACAGAUCCUUUAUCAAGUAUAAAGAGAUAAACUCUAUUUGAUUAUGAAAGUGUACAAGAAUCAAAUAUAAAAGUUUAAAGCAAAAUAAAAUCUACAGUAAGCGAUUUUCAAAUUCAUCACUCUGAAUUGUCUGAAUUGAUAAAAUUUUUCCUAGAAAAUCUCUAAUCUUUGAGCAUUUUGAUUUUUUCAUCGAGCAUAUUGUCAGCAGUAUCAUUUGUUUAUGGAAAAAGUUAAAAUUUGAGAUUGUUUGAAUAGAAGAUUUAAAUUACUUUAGAGUCUUAGAAGCACUUUGUCAAUGAAAUUGCCUUAAAUGAAAAUAAAAAAAACAAAAAAAAUGACACAGCUGAGUUUAAAAAAUAAUUUUUAUAAAGUAAAGAUGCUGGUUAGAGUUCAAAAAGCAAACCCUAUUUUUUUAAGGAAAUCAAUCAAGAGAUAAAACAUUAUGUAAAUUUAAAUAUAAAAAGGUGUAUGAUAUAAAAUUGCAAACAAUUCAGCUUAAACAAAAGGAAUCCUAACCACAGAAAAUUCCAUUUAUAGAUCCAAUUAUAGAUUCAUAAAAAAAAAGAUUACUAGAAGAAUAAAAAUAAAAGGAAGGAAAAAAUACUUUACAAUAAGAUCAACCAAUAAAACAAUAAUCAACCGAGUAAAAAUUCAACCUAGACUACACAAAAUUAUAUUAGCUAGUCAAUGAGGGCAUUAUUCACCAAUAUAAUAGCAAUGUGCAAUCUACUUUUACAAUUCCAAAUUAUCAAUUUUAGACUAAUCCUAAUAUUUUCGUUAACUUUACAAAUUCAAAUCCAUUUUCGAAUAUCCCUUAUAAUAACCAAUAAUAAGCGUUAACUUCAACAAAUGUUAAUUCAAUGAGUAAUUCUUAUCCUGCUGCAAAAAAUUCAUCAGAUUACAAUAAAAGCAAAUCAUAUAACACAAGAAGUGGAAGAAGCUGA